AUGGGUGUUAGAGAGAAGGAUCCGUUAGCCCAACUGAGUUUGCCUCCGGGUUUUCGAUUUUACCCGACAGAUGAAGAGCUUCUUGUUCAGUAUCUCUGUCGGAAAGUUGCAGGCCAUCAUUUCUCUCUUCAGGUCAUCGGAGAUAUCGAUCUCUACAAGUUUGACCCUUGGGAUUUGCCAAAUAAGGCCUUGUUUGGGGAAAAGGAAUGGUAUUUUUUCAGCCCGAGAGAUCGUAAAUAUCCAAACGGGUCAAGACCCAAUAGAGUAGCCGGGUCGGGUUAUUGGAAAGCGACGGGUACAGACAAGAUAAUCACGGCGGAUGGUCGUCGUGUCGGGAUUAAAAAAGCUCUGGUUUUCUACGCCGGAAAAGCUCCCAAAGGCACGAAAACCAACUGGAUCAUGCACGAGUAUCGCUUGAUCGAGCAUUCUCGUAGCCAUGGAAGCUCAAAGUUGGAUGAUUGGGUUUUAUGCCGAAUAUACAAGAAAACGUCGGGAGCUCAGAGACAAUCUGUUACUCCGGUUCAAGCUUGUCGUGAAGAGCACAGCGCGAACGGGUCGUCGUCGUCGUCUUCGUCUCAGCUUGACGACGUUCUCGAUUCGUUCCCGGAGAUGGACGAUCGGUCGUUUAAUCUUCCGCGGAUGAAUUCGCUGAGGACGCUUCUCAAUGGGAACUUCGAUUGGGCUAGCUUAGCAGGUCUUAAUCCCAUCCCGGAGCUAGCUCCGACCAGUGGAUUAGCAAACUACGGCGGUUACGAUGGCUUUAGAGCGGCGGAGGGGGAGGCGGAGAGUGGGUUGAGGAACUUACAGGUGGAUCAGCAGCAGAACUCGGGCGGGUUGACUCAGAGUUACGGGUAUAGCUCGAGCGGGUUGAAUCGUGGGUUCGGUCUUUCGGGUCAAACGUUCGAGUUUAGGCAAUGA